CUUUGUUCUCUGCAGAAGUGGCCGAGCAUGGGAGCACCUGGCAGUGGGGAGAGCUGCAGGAAGGGGAGAGAUGUAAAGAUUUAGGAAGGGAGGUGGGGGCCCAUCUCCCUGUGCAGGCAGGGACUGAGCAGAAGCAUCCCACCCUUCACUCGCGGGGCUGAGGAGCAGCAGCCAGAGGAAUUCUCUGCUUGGUUUUUGAUCUCCACUCUCAGUGCUCGAGGAAGGCCCGGCCUGGGAUGGAUUAUUGACCUGAGCAAAGCUAUGUACCUGGAUUACCUUCACUGUGUUACCUUUAAGCAAGAGGGAUGACUCAGGUGCCUGCUGACUACCUGUCAACCACCAGCUCCUACAACUAUGAGCCACCCCUCCCCUCCGUGGCUCGGGCCAGCACCCUCACCAAGGUCCCUCCAGCCAAAAAAAUAACCUUCUUCAAGAGUGGAGACCCUCAGUUUGCAGGAGUCAAGAUGGCCAUCAACCAGCGGAGCUUCAAGAGCUUCAACGCGCUCAUGGAUGACCUCUCCCAUCGGGUCCCGCUGCCCUUCGGGGUCCGGACCAUCACCACCCCACGAGGAAUACACUGCAUCAGUGAGCUGGACCAGCUGGAGGAUGGAGGGUGCUACCUGUGCUCCGACAAGAAGUACGUGAAGCCCAUCAGCAUCACCUCUGGGGGACACAGGCCGGCCCCGCCACGGAACAGUCGCCCCUCCAGCACCAUGAGGAGAGCGGCUCAGGAGGGCAAGCUGGAAGAUUAUUCCACACCUUUCACUCACCAUGGCCCCAGAAUACCCAAGAAAAUCACUCUGAUUAAAAAUGGGGAAAGUGGAUUUCGGCGCUCCAUCAUCCUGAACCGCAGAAAUGCCCGGAGUUUCAAAACGCUCUUGGAUGAGAUCACGGAGAUCCUGCAGUUCCCGGUGAAGAAGCUCUACACUAUUGAUGGGAAGAAGAUCGACAGCAUGCAGGCCCUGCUCCACUGCCCCAACGUGCUGGUGUGCGUCGGCCGGGAGCCCUUCAAACCUGUAUCCAUGGAGAAUUUGAGGAAACACUCAGUGGAGAAGCUGCCCAACCUGCCUCCCCGCUCCAACAAUGGCAACAAUGUCAACGAGAACAAUGAAAUGAACUUUGGACUGAAAGCCAAAAAAAGCGUUAUCCAUCCACGGUCAGCAUCCAGCAACAGGUCGAUGAGAUUUUCCUUGUCAUCAGAAAAGUCAUACCCCAAUGGCCUCGCAGCCUCUCCAGACAACGGGGGACCCUUCUCCAAUGGCUGCUCUCACCCAAAAGCUGGGGACCUGGUCCAGUCCUUAGUCAACGAUGACAUCGAGAAGCGGGUCCAUGUGAACAAGGAUGGGAGCUUGUCCGUGGAGAUGAAGGUUCGCUUCCGUUUGCUCAAUGAUGAGACUUUGCAGUGGUCCACCCAGAUCAAAAAGUCCAACCUGAUGAACCGGCUGCCUUGUGAAGAGUCAGGAGUGGAGGAGGACAGUGGAGGAGAGCUCCUACAGAAAAUGAACCCAGAAGCCAGCUCGGAGGCAGAUGAUUCCUUAUAUCCCUGUGAUAUCGAUUCCUACAUGUCCAAACUUGAGGAAUCGGAAUGUGACGAGGCCCACUGUCACAGCUGUGGAAAGAAACACCAGGACUAUGACAUCUGGAAGAAUCCCAUGCACAUGUCCCAGAGGGAAGAGCCCACCGUGCGAAGCACCUGGCACACGCGGUCAUCGUGCUCCAGCACAUCUUCCCGGAGGAGAGUAGUCCACAAAAAAAUGACAUCUGUGGAUAGCAUCCACACCACAUCCAGUGAGGAAUUCUCUGAGCACAUUGUGCGAGAGUCCUCAUCCUACUCAGAGACUAUAAAGAACAGAGUGGCGUAUCGAUCCGUUAAAAAGUGUGCGUGCCGAAGUGAUUUAUCUACUGGUGCUUCCAAUGGAGAAGAACAGCAGGAAUGCACUCGGACAAGCACAGGAAACAGCCAGAGGCCUUCAUCCUUGGGCUUGAUGUCACAUUCAAGCUGUGAAAACAACCUGGAUACUCAAGACAGCCCUGAAGACCAGGAGAUCACUAAAAUAAUUUCACAAAAUGAGGAUGCAAAUUGUUUUGAAGCUUCGUCUCUGAAGUGCUUGAAGGAUGACCCAGAAGAGGUUGAAAGCAGCAGAGUUGGGAGUGUCAUGUCCAGGUCAUCCCUGCAGUCCAGGCAGAGCAAGAAGAACGUGUGUGAGGAAGUGAGCAGCGUGGGCAGGAGCAUGUCCUCCUCAAGCCUUCAGAAGGCAAAUCAGGGAGACAACAGCCAGUGCUCCACCCCUGCCAACAGUGUGCACAGCAAGUCCAGUAACCGCACCACACCAAAAGAAAAGGCUGAGCAGGGUGACACCUCUGACGACAACCCAGUGGUGUCCUCUUUCUCCAGUGAGUCCUGCCCCAAGAAAGAGGCUGAAGAGGUGGAAGCAGAGCAGGAAGAAAGUGAAGCCAAUGAAGUCAGCUCAGUGUCAGCAAAAACAAAGCCAAGCCAAUCAUUCAGGGGUGAGAGCAGUGAAGGGGAACGAUGCUCCACGCAAGGAACCCACCGUUCCAAGGCUAGUGACAGGAACAGCAAGAAAAGUGGCAGCGAUGAGAACAUUCCAUGCAGUGUCUCUUGCUCUUCCAGAGGGUCCAAAAAGAGCAAACGCAGCCACGUUCAUUUGGACGCACAGUCUGAAAUAUCUGUGUCUUCACUUGAAUCCACUCAGAAAAAAAAGAAUUCCCUACAUGCAGAUGAUGCGAGAUCAGGCAGCAGGGCAUCAAUCUACUCCAAAAGCUCAUGUGAAAUCAAGAAAAAAUCUGCUGGAGACACCAUGUCUCAUAAGUCAAGAUCUCUUCACUCAAACAUUUCAUCUACCAGUGAACCAGAGGCAACUGCAGGUCCUGCUGAGGAGGAGAGCUCAAAAAGUAUUGCCAAUGGCUACAGUGAAUGUUCAAAAAGCUCAAAGAAGAGAAGCCAUAAAGAAGAAAACAGCAAACCAUCAUCCCUCUGCUCAAGUGUUUCAAGUCCUAAUGGAAAAUCUGGAAAGGGUCAUGCCAAGAUUAGUUCUGAACACUCUUCUUCAAAACAGGGAAGCAUGAGUGGGAGUGUGUGUUCAAAAGUUGACCACCCAAGUGAGGAUGGGAUUAGGAAUGGAAAACCCACAAGUAGCUCCUCAAGAGUCUCUUCAAGGUCAGAAAUAAAAGAUAAAUGCGUGUUGACCCAGAUAUCCCAGGAAACUGAUGAUAGGUGUUCACAAUCAAACAUGUCUCUGUCUUCAAAAUCACGACAGACAAACACGAAAAAUCUUCGUGUGAAGGUGUCAAACUCCAGCCGGGCAUCGGUGUCAGAGACUAUGUCAAUGUGCAGUCUGCAAUGCCCUGCCCCACCAAAAGGGAAGCCAAAGAGAAAAAAUAUGCGUUCGACCAUGUUGAAGAAUUCCUCCAUCAGCAGCAUCGGCACCGAGUCCGUGCUGACCGCAGGAAGAGAGCAGAAAGAAAUUGUGGAUUCCUCCAAAGCAACUUCUUAUGGCUCUAAAUCCGCUGCAACCGAAGGAAAUUGUCAGAAUAAUAAAGAGAUUGAUGAUUCUUGCAACAAAAAAGCAGAGGAAGAGAUAGAAGACGCAGGUGUUCAGGAGGAAGGAGGUGAUUUAGUGCCAUCAGCCCUACCAAAUACAUCUCCAGAAGAAGUUGUGCAAGAGUGGCUCAGGAAAAUCCCUUCGGAAACAUUGCUUAUGAAAUAUGAAAUGGAGGAUGAUGGAGAAGAGGAACACGCAGAGUUGAUCACUGAGGUAUCACACUGUACAAAUGCCGAGGAAGCCCCGGAGGAGGAAAAAGCUGAGGAAAAGAAUGAGGAGGAGGAAAAAGCUGAGGAAAAGAAUGAGGAGGAGGAGGAGGAGGCUGAAAAUGAUGAAGCAAAGGAAGAAGCAAAGGAUGAAGCAAAGGAUGAAGUGGAAGAAGAGAAAGCAGAAGACACAGCCAUAAUUGAAGAGACUGAAGAAUGCAUCAACCAGGAAGAAAUCUCUGAGGUUGCACGUGAAGCUGCUGAGGCUGAGCAGGCAGAAUGCAACAAGUCAGUUACAUCCAGCCAAAAUAACAAGAGAGACCUUCCAACCUCUGUCCAAACUUCUGUCCAGAUCAUGAAGGCCUUGCUCAGUUCAAAGCACGAGACCAAAUUUGAUCGAUCAAACAGUUUGCCUGAAGUAUCCCCCACAAUGGGGAGAAAACUGAGUAACUCUGCCAACAUUUUGAUUACUUGUCUUGCCAGCCUCCAGCUCCUUGAUGAAGAGUCAGAGGAUCCAUCAGAAAACUCAAAACAUUUGAAUAAGUCAAGGUACACAGAGCUGCUGAAUAUUUUUCAGGCCCUGUGGUUUGGAUGUACCGCUGAAAGGAGCGGCCCAAGCUCAGGCCAAGAGGCAAGCAAAGUGGCAAAGCCAGUGUCUGGGUCUAAAGUCCCAAAAUCCAUGGAUCACGCCUUCACUCCCAUGUCCUCCUCUGGGGUUGAUGUUUGCAGUUGCUCUGGUGGCUCAGGAGAAGAGUGCACAGCUGGUGCCACAUUGGUGGCACAGAAAACCAUGGAAUGCAAAUCAGCUGAGCAAAUGGAAAAUGCAGAGACUGGCACAGAAGUGACUGAGGUUGAGGAGCAAAGUAAAGAGGAAGAGCAGCUAUCCCGCCCUUCCACAGCCUGCUCAGAGGCAAAAGGUGAGGAAAAGGCAGAAUCUGCUAGAGAGGAGUCUGUAACCCAGGAGGAAGAAGAGAAUAAGGAGGAUCAGGGCAGUAACUGUGAGCAUGGUCAGGAGGAAGGGAGAGAAAAUGAAAAUGAAGAAGAAAGCAAAUUAGCUGAAGCUGGAGAACAAGAAGAAGCUGAAGCUGUGAAUGAUGAAGUCCCACAAGAAAACCCUGAGGAAGAAGCUGACCAGCCAGAGACCACUGGUGAUGCCAAUGUCGGUGAUGCUGAUGUUGGGACAGAGCUGAAAGAGGAGUUGCAAGAGCAGCCCCAAGAAGAGUCACCAAAUGACACCGAGCCCAAAAUUGAUACAUCCACCAGUGUGGGCACAUCCCUUGUCCAGCAAAAUUCUGUGGAUCCAGACCCAACCUGGGUCCUGAGACUACUCAAGAAAAUCGAGAAGGAGUUCAUGGCUCAUUAUGUCAAUGCAAUGAACGAGUUUAAAGUCAGGUGGAACCUGCAGGACAACCAGCAGAUGGAUGCAAUGAUACUGGAGCUGAAGGAGGAAGUGAGUAAAAGGAUACAAAAGAGCAUAGAGAAGGAGCUGAGGAAGAUCAAAAGCAGGGCUGGAAGGAGGAUGCCGAGACCUCCAGAGGAGCCACCUACACGCGAGUCCAAACUCCAAACCGAGCAGAGGAGAUGGCGACUGCAAACUAUGCAUAAGAAGUCCCUCUUUGGGGACAAGAAUGGUGCCCAGAUGAGGCUGGAGGAGACGUCAGACUUAUCAUUCGACAUAGAUAAUGACUUUAACCUUAGUGAAGCUUUGGAGGACAGCAUUAGCAAACAAUCCAGUGAGGAGGAAUACUGUCCAUGUGACUCCUGUGUGAGGAAAAAACUGGCUUCCAGGCCUGCCAGAGCCCCUGUGGUGGCCACCAAUGCCCCAGUCAUGAAAGCCUUUGAUUUGCAGAAAAUCCUGAGGCUGAAGAAAGAUGGCAACGAGGAAGCCAUUGUUGCAGAAGCAGCCCAGGAUACGAAAACACUUCCCAAUGGUUCUGUGGAAGAAGGGGCAGAAAACGAGGAGAAGGACGAGGAAAAACCUCAAGCAGGUGAAACAGAAGCCGAAGAAGAAGGAAAAGAGCCAGAAUUAAAUGAAGAUGAUGGUGCAACGUUGAAUGGAGAUGGAGAAGAAUCUGAAGUAGCAGAGAGUCAAAACACUGAGAUGGAGGAUGAGGCCAAAACUGAAGAAACCAAAGAAGAAGAAGCAGAAGAAGGAGGGGAAGAAACAAAAGAAGGAGAAGAAGAGGAAGCAAAAGAGGAGGAGGAAGAGAAAGAGGAAGAAGAAAUGACUAAGGCUGAAGAGGAGGAGGAAGAAGCCAAAGAGGAGGAAGAUGUAAAAGAGGAGGAAGCAGAAGAGGAAGAAGAGCCAAAAGAGGAGGAAGAAACAAAAGAGGAGGAAGGGAAGGAGGAAGAGGAAGAAGGAACAAAGGAAGAUGAGGGUCAAACAAAAGAGGAGCAGGAAACGGAAGAGGAAGAAAAUCAAGAAGAGGUGGUGGAGGAAGAAGAAGCAAAAGAGGAAGAAGAGGGAGAAAAAGAGGAGGAAGAAACAAAGGAGGAGGAGGAAGAAAAAGAGAAAGAACAAGAAGAAGAAGCAGAUCAAAAUGAAGAGCAAAAAGCUGAAGAGGAGUCUGAAGGUGAAGAUGAAGGUGAAAAUGAAGCUGAAGAAACAGAGGAACCAGAGGAUGAGGAAGUUGUGGCUGAUGAUGAGGCAGAGACGUCAGAAUGCAGAGGAGAUGCUGAGGGCUGUGGAACUGACAACAAUCCUGAAGGAGAUGCUGUGGAAGGAAAUGAAGAAGCUGAGCAAGAUGAAGCUGAGGCAGAAGAAGACGCAAAACCAGAGUCAGGAGAUGAGGCAGAGGAGAAAAGCAGUGAAAGAGGUGAGAAUCCUGAUGAGAAUGUUGAGGAACCCACUGGUGAUGAUCCUGACAAUGCACAUGAAAAACAUGAAGACCAAGGCAACAACAAAGUUUCUGAAAAAGCCUCAAGGACCAAAGGCAAGAGAACUCACAAAAGGUUAGAGACUCUGAAAAAAUCCACAGCCUUUUCUUGUUACUCUUCUGUCGGAAACUUCUCACAGCAAUCCCAGAAGGGGUCUGAUGAUGAAGAGGAAAGAGUAAAUGAAAUGGAAGGAGCAGUCGAAGAGGAAGGAAUAGUUGAAGAGGAAGCAGUUGAAGAGGAAUGCAAAGGUGAUGAUAACCCCACUAGCGACCACCCAAAUGGAGAAGUUCGAAGUGAUGAGAGCUCCAAACCCUCUCAGAUGUAUCCUGACAGUGAGGAAGAAGAAGAGGACAAAGAAUCUUCAGGUUCUGAUCCUGUGGGAGAUGAGGAGCAGCCAGACGCUGAAGGUGCAGAUCCAAAGGAGGCUGAAAACACUGAGGAAGUUCAGGCUGCUAAAAAGAAAGAAAACUCUGAUGAGAUUGACCAGGAUGACCUGGACUUCUAGAACUGCUGACUAAAAACUGACUUUUUCUUUCUUUCUUCCUUUCUUUCUUUUUUAAAAGUAUAUUUUCAUUACAUAUUUCAGUAUCUCCGGUGAGUUGAGCCCUUGUAAUUGGCUUUUCUUCUGAGCUAAAUGUGGUAAACUCAAUCUUGAAUCCUGUGAGUAAUGUUGCAAUUACCUGCCCUCAUUUCUAGAGGGCUAGUAGCUCAUUAAUAUCCUGUGGUCUCAAUAGAUAAGUGGUUAUGGGAAAGGGAAGGCUGUUUUGUUUGGGAUACCUUCUAGCUCCCACCCUUUAAGCCAUGCUGUUUGCUGCUGGAGUGAUCUGUGGCUCUGCUGGGCAUUGUCUCUGUGUGACUUUGGGAUGCCUUUCACCCAUGCUGCAUGCUGCAUUCCUGGAGAGAUUGCCAAUCCACAGAAACAUGACAAAAUCAGGAUUCAUUGCCAAAGUCUGGUCAGAGCCCACAGAGAUGUAAAUUGAUGUACAUUCGUCUUCCUCCCUACCCUACCUUCCCUAUACCCUGUAUAUUUAUCUUGCCCUCACCUACCCCACCUCCUCUGUGCCCAGAAAAAAGGGUCUGAGACAUCAAAGAUUUUCCCCAUUUUGUCUUUUUUUUUCCCCUUUAGUAGAAGUUGAGCUCAUUGCUCAUUUCACUGGAAGCCUCAACAUGGAGAAAGGUCUUUCAAGUAGAUCCUCUUGCAGACCCCAUCUCUUUGUACUGUGCUCAUCACUGUAGUGGUAGAUAAAAAAGAUGAGUUCAUUCACCCUGUCAAGUUUCUGAGAAGUGGUCAAACUCAAUAUUGACCAAAAUAAGGAUAGAUCCAAUCCCUUGUGAUGUCCUUUACUAUGCCAAUGAUGGUAUUGAAGCACUUUACAACCAGCUGGGAUCCCUCAGACAAUUUUGCACAAGGCCCUGUUCUGGAGCUAACGGGAUUUGCAAUGUCUCAGUGCCCCAUCCUUGCACACAAAAUUUAAACUAAUUUUCUCUUUAACAUGGAAAAGCUUUGGGCAUUUGUGCUGCAGCAAACAGCUGGAAGAGGCUGAGGCAUUUAUUGGAGAGCUUGGACUUUACAAACCACAAUAGAACUGCAAGCUUCAUUUAGCAAAUGUUUUUUACCAGAUUGUAACUUUUUUUUUCCCCCUUCCUCUGGGGAAAUAUAAACAUUUCUGAAUAAAUGCCCAACUAAUGCCAGGAGAAGUUUGACCAUACCUCAGCUGCAUACUUGUGUAAAGCUCUUGGGACACAGUUCAUUUUAUCAAAAAUUUGCAGGGAGAAUAAAAGAGAGGGGUUGAAAACAAAAUGCCUUAAAUUGUAUGGAGAAAAAGUAUGUGUGUAGUGUUGUGUUGGGUUUGUGAAGAUGUAUGCAAACAUGCUUAAAUAAUCAGUAUUCCAAAUUAAAUAA